AUGGCAGAGCGCUUGUCUCUCACACUCAACAACACCACCACCACCAUGGCUUCCUCUCUUUGCUCUCAAAUCUCCGCUUCUCGUCUCCUCUGCUUCUCCUCCUCCUCCGGAUCCAAACUCUCUUUACCCUCGUCAUCUUUCUCGUUCGCCAGAUCUCUCGUCUCUUCUCCGCUUCUCUCUCAGAAGAGAUGUCAAGCUGCGUUGGUGAAUCGGAGCUUCAGCUCGGCUUCAACCACCCAUUGUACAUCAGCUACGGAUCCUGAACAGUUGAAUAGUGCUAGAGAAGACAUCAAAGAGCUCCUCAACACCAAAUUUUGCCAUCCAAUUCUGGUCCGUUUGGGAUGGCAUGAUGCUGGCACCUACAACAAGAACAUCUCGGAAUGGCCUCAGAGAGGUGGAGCUAAUGGUAGUCUCAGAUACGAGAUUGAGCUCAAGCAUGCUGCUAAUGCUGGUCUUGUAAAUGCUUUAAACCUGAUUCAGCACAUCAAAGACAGGUACUCUGGGAUCUCCUACGCUGACCUUUUCCAACUGGCCAGUGCUACUGCUAUUGAGGAAGCUGGAGGACCUAAAAUACCCAUGAAAUAUGGACGCGUUGAUACCUCUGGUCCUCAUCAAUGUCCUGAAGAAGGAAGGCUUCCUGACGCUGGUCCUCCUUCACCCGCUAGUCAUCUCAGAGAAGUCUUCUACAGAAUGGGUUUAGAUGAUAAGGACAUAGUUGCAUUAUCUGGUGCACAUACCUUAGGAAGAUCUAGGCCAGAACGUAGUGGUUGGGGGAAGCCAGAAACAAAGUACACGAAAGAGGGACCGGGAGCACCAGGAGGACAGUCAUGGACACCAGAGUGGUUGAAGUUUGACAAUUCUUACUUCACAGAGAUCAAGGAAAAGAGAGAUGAAGAUCUCCUUGUCCUGCCCACUGAUGCUGCCAUCUUUGAAGAUUCUUCUUUCAAGGUCUAUGCUGAGAAGUACGCUGCAGAUCAGGAUGCUUUCUUCAACGAUUACGCUGAAUCCCAUGCGAAACUCAGCAAUCUUGGAGCAAAAUUUAACCCUCCUGAGGGUAUCAUUAUCUAGUCGGCAUCUAAUUUACUCUGUCGAGGUUACUUACGUGAUUUUAGAAAAAUAAUAUUGACAAAGAAGAAAAGGAACAUUUGUCGAGGGAACUUUCCUUCUUAGUUUUGCAGAUAUCUUUUGGACAAUGUUUCUGCACAAGUAUUUGGUUUAUUUUCUUUUUCCUCAACAAUUGGUCGUUCGUGUCAUGGUUGAACUGUCGUAGUUGUUUUUUGAAAUAACUCGUAAAUUGGAACACUUUUAAGUUGCCAAUUAUGUAUGAGAAAAUUCCAUAAAAAUAUCCUAUUUAAAUUUUCUUAAGCUAUUUAAUAUCUAAAUUUUUUUGUUAUCCAUUUCUAUCUCAACUAAUUAUUUUGUUCUUUUUUUUAACUGUGAACUUUGGUUUAUUUUAAUUAAUAUACGAAUAAGUUUCAAACGAAGUAAAAAAUCCUUGCAAAAUUAAUUAACGUAAGUGGAAAGUAUGAGGAAAAAGAAGAUUCGUUCUACAGAGGUGAAAAAGUUUUUUAAUUGUGGUCACUUAGCAAAUUUUGUUGUAAAUUUCUUGUAAACAAUAUGUUAACACCUUGUAAUGUUCUAGUAAAAUUUUUCCUUGUAAAACUGUACA